CUGACACGUCACCCCAAACACUGUCAAGUACUAUUGGAUGAAGUGGAUAAAUUCUGUGAGUGGACGGAUGGAUUGAGGACAAAACCAAGUAAAUGUCACUGUUUGUGUCUUGGUAGGCGGAAUACAAGAUACACCUCAUACGAUCCGGGACUAUCGAUAGGCGGUCAAUGCGUUUCUACGGUUACGGAAGAUGCACCAUUCAAGUUUCUCGGUCGUAAGAUUGAUAAUAUAGGUCGUACUCCAUCUUUAGAAGGAAUAGUAGAUAGCUUUUUAAAUGAUCUUAACAAGGUAGAUAGCCAGCAGAUCAGUAACGUAAAAAAAGCAUGGAUCUACGAUAAUUACUUAACUUCACGUUUGAAUUGGCCUUUCCUCGUCUAUGAUUUUAGUAAAACCCUUUUAUCUAAAUUAGAUGCAGGCGUCAUAAAGAUGUUGAAGUUGUGGCUCGGGCUCGCGCUAACGGCUGAUUCAUCGGCUUUAUUCAGGGAUCGUAAUAGUUUUGGGAUGAAUCUAAAAAGACCAUCGGAGCUCUACAAACACCUAAGAGUUUCCAAGAGACAUAUCCUGGGAAAAUCCCAUGAUGACGUCGUUACAUCACUCCCAAAAGACAAUGAUGCCCCAGAGCUAGAGUCACGACUUCAAUUCCAUAAACAAUUUAUGAUCGGAGCGCAAAAUAACAGAGUAGGGUUAGGAUCAAGUAGGAAAGUCCAAGAUACGGAUAUAUUGAAGUCUUUUAUUCGGCAAGACGAGAACGAUAAAUACAAGAUCCAUGCAAUGAGUUUAGAAAUGCAGAACGAGUGGUUAGACAUGGGAGAUUUUUGUAUUCCACUAGCACUAAAAUGGCGCACCCUAAUUCAUGACUGGUCGCCAGCCUUGCUAAAAUUUUAUCUCAAUGCGUUCCAGAUGACUCUCCCAGAUCAGAGUAAUUUAGUAAGAUGGGGUAAAGGUACCGAAAAAACUUGCUAUAUCUGCGGAAAGGCAGUUGGAACUGCCAAGCAUUUGCUAGUGGGAUGUAAGGUUCUCCUGGACAGCGGUCAAUACUCGCGUCGUCACGAUAGGGUUUUAGAGAUCAUACGUGAAGCGGUUAGUCUUUCGGUAGCCAGAGCGCAAAGGGAAAUAACCACAAACGAGCGAUCAAUAGGUUUUGUGAGAGAGGGCACCAGGGCUAUAAAAUCAAACGUCAAGCCUUACUCUAUCCUUAAAGCGGCUUCGGAUUGGACUAUCAUGAUGGAUACGUAUGAGAAACAAUACAAAAUCCCCGAGGAUAUUUGUGCGUCGGCCUCCAGACCAGACAUAUUUCUAUAUUCGCGUAUUUUAAAGCGCGUUGUGAUGAUAGAGCUUACGGUGCCUUGGGAAACCAACAUCCCCAAAGACCAUGCCAUCAAGGUCAAUAAGUAUUACGAGCUCACUAACGAACUAACUCGAAAUAGGUUCGUCGUUGAUUUGUACGCGGUAGAGGUGGGAGCGAGAGGUAUAACAGCUAAAUCUCUCUAUAACCUACUAAAAGACUUGGGCCUGUCCAGAACUAACAUUAAUUCAUUCUUAGAACGUACGUCGAAGGCAGCCCUAGUAGGUUCUUUUCAAAUUUGGUUAGGUAGGGAGAGGAACUUGGACAGUGGAGGUGAGCGUAUAACGCGCGUUAGUUAA